AUGGCAGCGCCCGGCCCUCACAGCCUCUCGGCUGCUUUUCAGAAACACCUGCGGCGCCUGGGCCUGCGGGACUUCCCCUGCGGCCUGGGCAGCUGGAACAAGUCCCGCUUUGUCACGUAUGCAGGCUCCUCAGGGCAGGAGGAGGAGAGGCUGCUGGGUGAGGAGAGCCCUGAGGCGCUGCUGGAGCUGCUGCGGGACCCGCGCAGCCCCUGGGCCCUGCCACCAGGCUGCAGCCCCCAGGACCAGCGCCUGCGUGAAGUGGCAGUGCUGGCUCCCCAGCUCACCUGCGGCACCCGUGUUCUCCGGCUCUUCAGGUCCCUGCGGAUUGUUGGCAAGGAUGUGGAGGAAGUCGAUGAGGAACUGUUGCAGUUACAGCACCUGGAAGAGCUCAUACUGUGUGCCAACCAGAUCAGCAGGAUCACCUCAGCCAACCUGCCCCGAACACUGAAGGUCCUGGAGCUCUGCUGCAACGCCGUGUCUGAUCUGCAGGGUCUGUGUGCUCAACCUCCUCCAGAGCUGCAGCACUUGGGGCUGGGAUACAACAGGCUGCAUGGCCCUUUGCAGGACAAACACCUCACUGCAGACUUCUGGCCAAAUCUCAUCUCGCUUGACCUGAGCUUUAAUAAUCUAACGGAUCUGCUUGGGCUGGUCUCCCAGCUGUCCAGUCUGAAGAAGCUCCGCACCCUGGUGCUCCAAGGGAACCCACUGGCUCUCAUUCCCGCUUACAGAGGCUUCGUUGUGGACAGCCUGCCCAAGCUUUCCUUCCUUGAUGACAUCCACAUAGGGCUCGACGAGAGGUACCAGUUCCGUGGCUUAUCGAAGCAGCCAGAGCUGAUAAAAAAUGAAGCACGAGUGGUUGUGAGCAUUGGGAAAAUCAAGGGAGUUCCUGAUCCUAGCACACUCCAGGAGCUGGAGAUUGGGUCUGAGGCACCAGUGAUCACCUACAGCUACUGUGUGACCUACGAGUUUGCAGCAGAGGAGACUGAGGAUGGUGGCACUGAGGUAAAAAUUCAUCAGAGUCCUGUGGUGGCCACUCUGGAUGUGGACAACUCUGCAUGGGACUUGAGGGAAACAAAGGGCCAGCAGGAGUGUGCAGCCAUGGAGGACCCUGCUGCACAUACUGCAAAGGUGUUUGUCACCCCUGGAGAGCCCUGGGCAGAAACAAUUGACUGCAGCUACAGAAAAGAGCACACUGCCAAGGAUUUAGUGGGGCUGAAGGACUACCUGCGAGCUGGAACGAUUGUCUCGGUAGUGGAGGAGAAGGUGCUCUCGUGGCCGGUCAGUGCUGACUCCGAGGAAAAUGCAGUAAAAAGUGGGAAGGAAAAACGGGGGCUAAAGAAGGACAGCGCCAAGGGUCCUGGGCCCAGAGACAAGCAGAAGAAAAAGAAGAAGAAGCCACGUGAGCUUCGCAGUGACCCACCUAUUCAGAGGAUCCUGGGCUCUGAGAGGGUGGCCCUGGAUGCCUUGCUGGCCACUGAGACAGUGGUGGCAACUGUGUGUGACUUUGGGAUCCUCAUCACCGAGCAGCUGCUGCAGUCACCGAAUCAGGAGGAGAAGCUGGACAAGAAAAAAGGCAAAGACAAGAGCAAAAAAACAAAAGCAAAGAAGGAAAGCCAGAAAGCCACAGCGCCUGCCAAAGGUGACCAAGGGCUGACUGGGCAGAGCAGUAUGUGUGAGCAAACAGCAGCAGUGCCCAGUCCUGCAGCCAGCUCUGCGGAGCUGGGCACUAACUCAGGUCCUGAGCCCUGGCUGUGA